AUGCCCACAAGAUGGCUAUCAAUUCGCAAAAGAAACCCUUUGCUUCACAAUUCAGAUCAGCCGGAUGCCUCAGGAAAUCCCAGACCACAAGGUUUUGAUUUCGCUUUUACCGAUCUGCCGAAGCAGAGCAUUCAACUGAACUCCAGACCAGUGGAGCUGCCGAGACCGAAGACUUCAGGAGCAGCAGCAAAGAGAAAGCUCCGAGUUGAAGUGCCUGGACUUCGACCACUUACUUCGGACGCUCAGAAAACUUCAUCUUCACAAGCAACUAAUGGUACCAUAAGAAGCCAGGAAAGUUCGAUUGGACUCGCAUUUGGCAGCCCAGGUCAUCCUCCUGUGGCAUUCCGUAGUCCAGAAGCUCCGCCCUCUGAUGACCGUAAUUCCCCAUCUCAACACCAUCCACCUGGCGUGGAAAAGGCACUUCAAAUGCAGUCGAAGAGAUGGAAGAAAUUUGGCAUUCUAUUCAAGACAAGGCAAGCCCUUGUCAGGCGCGAUGACAUUCCCCCGGGACCAACUAUCGGGCUUCCCACUGGGUUUGUGGUUCUGGACAAAAGCCCAACAAGUCAGACUAGCAAGCUUGAGUCUCUCAAUCAACGGACGGUACCGAUCUAUCAGGAUGAGGACGAGGGGGUGCCCCCACCGCCAAUCGAGAAGAACGACACGCGAUCACGACCCUCAACUGCCACUGAUGCCGAUUCACUGAUUGAAACAUACGCCCGACCUCCUCUCCCCAAGCUCGAACUUGACAUUCCGAUACCUACUCCUCCUUUCGAUCGAUAUAGCAUCAUGUUCAAAAAUGUACCGGCCAAUCGGUCGUCUUCCUUACUCGCACGCCGAAGCAAAACACUGGAUAGUCUCAAAUCAUUCGAGGAUAGUCGACCAACGACCAAAGGAGGGGAACAUGAUCGGGCUCUCCCAAAUAAUGCCGACCCAGCCGAGUCUCUAACACCCCUUAUGCCUCCUAGGAAGCUGACUACUCCCACGACUAAAUCUCCAGCAGGGAGCAAAUAUUCAUUGUUCCCUGCUCCAAUCCCUACACCAGUGAAGGUUGUUGGACGAAUACCAUUCUCGGAGACAGUCAACAAUGGUAACUUGAGCCAGUUGAAGAGGUCAGCUACUUCUCCUGCUCGUUUGUCGCCGAUGCAGGAUCGUUUCUCAAUCAACAAGCCUGAGCCUCUCAACCCAAAGAGGUAUCUUCCUGGGGAACUGACGAUGCGUAGCCCCGAAGAUAACACUGCUUCAACUGACCGAUCGAAUCCAUGGAGCGCAGAACACUCUGUACAAUCAUCCAUGUCGUCUAACACCACCGUGGAUGACAUUUUCUUCGACAUAAGAGCAUUCAGGGACUCGAAAGGGGUUGAAGACGGACAAUUUGUUAUGACACGGCCUGAUUCAGUUGCAGUAGAACUGGCUCGCACAAGAUCGAAAAAGGCUACUCCUACGAGCCAUCUACGGGAGAUGCAAGCAUCUUCACCUGAAACACCCACUAAACCGCUCACCACUCAAAUUGCUCCGCCUCCCCCCGAGCCACCGUCGACAACAACCGCACAAACUUCUGCAGUGACUACGAAACAUACAUCCGUGAACACGGCAUAUUUCGAUGAAGCCAUCGCAGCGGUUGAGAGACUGACCUCGCCGAGAUCCGCCACAGAGUACGAUACUGAGAAGAUGCUACCUAUCAAGAUCGCUGUUCAACCUGCCAAUGUAGCCAUCCAUGGAGACGAAAAGGCGCAAACAUGGGGCCAGAAUGGAUCAUCAAGUCAGAAGAGAACGGGGGAGCAUCAAUACUCACGGCUAGGAACCAAGUCUCGGGAGGACGUGAGCAGAUUGAUUCCAUCACCUGUCGCGGAACUCAAAGAGGACCUCUCACCCAAGGGUAUCUCCAAGAGACCAUCUCCUCAACCUCAAACUCAAUUGCCGCAUCAACAGGCGCAAGCCCAAUCUCCAAGUUCGAAAGUCAUAUCAGUGCCCAUUGCAUGCAAAAAGCGAGCCAACCGUCUCUAUGAUGAUUCCCCAACCCUGCCGCAAGGAGGGCCAAUAAUCCGCCCUGCCCAUUAUGUGUCAUCUCCAUUAUCGCCUGAUGACGAUAAACCACCUCCGGUUCCUGAGAAAGAUGCCAAAUUCAUUCCAUUGUCAAGAUUUGCCGCUAAAGGUACUGUGACGGCGAUCGAAAGGACAGGUAUCACACCACAGACGAGACACCUCCGCUCCAACACAGACACGCCAACAAUGACACCGACCAGCGUUUCCGGCAGGAAUAAGGAGCGAUCUGCAACGAUGCCCUCAUCGAACGCGAACUCACCAGCGAUGACGCACCCCCUCAAGUCGUCUCUUCAAGGACUCGAAAAGACAAUCCCACCACGGCCGAACCCCCUGGCCGGUAAUCCAGUCCAGUCGAACGACGUUGUAGCGGUUGCACGCACGGUCUCCCUAUCACGGAAACAGAGUGCUCGCGUACACGUACCGGGCCCACGCCUCGCGGCCCGUCGCGCAGAGACACAUCCCCAACCUGCAGCAGGGGCCAAAACACCAUCAUCCUCCCAUGGCCGUUCUGGCUCCAAAACCGGCAUCCUAGGCCACCGCCACAGACGCUCGGCCUCACAAUCUCGCUCCAGGGACAAAAUCAAGAUCACGAAGCGUGAGGUACCACUGGCAGAGUCUAGGGAGAAGGAGAAGGCAAUGAUCAAGGAAGCCCGGAAGUGGGAAAUCCUUGAGAAGAAAAGCUACUCCCCUGUUGUAGUGCAGGCAUCCCGAGGCCAUAAGCCGGGAGUCAGUGUGGGAAUUGUCGUGGAGAAUGUCUAG